ACUAAAUCAUUUCAUAUGAAAUUCAUGCAUUUUAGCUUUUUUGUUCAGUUCACAUUCCAUAAAACCAAUACUCAGUUUAUAAGUCACCACCCGUGGGUGUAAUCGCUACACGGAGUUCCAAUGUACACUUAUCAUAAAAAUGUAAUGAAAUGAAAAUAUGAGAAGGAAACCAAUGACGACCGGAUGUAAUGCGGUUUAAAGACAUUUGUGGUAAAAGCUACAGCAGCAGACAUCAAACCCCAUUUCCGUUUUGCGUUCUAGCAUUGAAAUGAAUGAAUAACUGUUUGCAUAUAUGGAUGGGCAUGAGUGCUGAUACAGAUACUUAUUGACCUACCAAUCUCUUAAAAAUGCAUGAGCAAAAGCCAUAUGCACAAUCUUUAAUUAUAUAUUUUGCAUGUACAACAAAUGUGUGCUAUUGCAUAAAAGAACUACAUUUUUAACAGUCCAAAUCUUUUAGUACAAAAGUAACUCUAAUUCCCUAAACCGUACUUCAAAAUGCAUAAGUCCAAGCGAAUAUUUACGAAUUAGCACGCCAUUAUUAACAGUUACUUAUUGCGGAAUCCAAAACUUUAUGCAAUAAAAAAAUAAAAUUUAAAGUCCCUAAAAUCAUGUCAAUAUUAUAUUACCUGUACCAAGUAACUGUACAAAAAAAUAGGAAAUAAUCGAACGAGAAUUUCAUGCUGCUUUAUCGUCCGAAAAGACAGCAGCUGGCUUUUCUAGUGUGGAUGGACAUCAUGCACAAGCAACUUCAACAAAACCUCCUUCAACGGAUGCACCGCACGUACACUGGCAACCUCAACAGAGUGGGUUUUUCAGUUCUGCAGUACAAAAUAUACGUGCACGUUCAGUUAGACGUAGACAAAACGGGGACUUGGGUGAAAGCAUUGAUCAACCGUACAGGCAACAGCAUACACAAGUAACAACAGAUCCCGUUUAUACUGAGCCUGUAUUUAUCAAUACACCAGCGGAGAGCAGCAUUACCGUUCCACCAGUUACAGCUGUCACAUCUGUUAGUAUUGAGGAUGAUUCAAAUGUAUCAUCUCAACCGAUCUUAACUGAACCCCCAAGUCUACGUCAAUCACGCUCAAUGUCCACCAACACACCACCACUUAUUCUACGUGGCGAAAAUAUUCGAGUCGAUAUACAUGAUACACCUACGAAUCAACAGCAAAAUAUGUCGACCACUGAUAUGGCCGAACAGCUACAACCAUUAAAACCACCUAGAAGAAAGAGCUCACGUUCAACUUCACCGUCGCGUGGAUUCGAUACGAUCGAACAAUGUCUUGGAGCAUCCGGCGUAAACGGUAAUAAUGGCGGAGAUGCUGAAGAUGGUGAGAAAAAGCGAGACACCAGCGGUCCUAAUGAAAUCGUGGCUUGUACAACUUGCGGUGGCAGUAGCAGUCCCUGUACCCACUCCGCAAACAACGGCUGCGCUACAGAGACUUGCUUCGUACAAGUGCGCAAAAAGGAACCGCCUCACCCAAUUCGAGUAGCGAAAACGAUCGAUGUCAUCGCAAGAAUUACAUUUCCAACUGCUUACGCGAUUUUCCUGAUUUUCUUCUUUGUGCACUACAAAGGAUUUUCAUAAAACUCUUGCUGAAAACCAUGCAAUUAGAUAUAUUGAAACAAUUUAGAUACAACACAACACAAGUAAAAAUUUAAAAUUAAAUACAGCAACACAUACACACACAA